AUGAACCACAAUCAAGAAACUGCUGCUGAACUUAGUGACCUAGAAAACAAUGGCCCAGAACAAAAGAAAGAAAUUUCUGUGGACGAUGAUGGCCUUCUGAUCAAUAAUGACAAUGUGGCCACCAGUACCCCCUUUCCUGGGUCAUGCGAUCGGAAAAUAUUUAAGCUUCCAAAGAACAACAUGUGCCAUCAAAAGGCUGAUGCCGUUCAGCGUUUAAUUUCCAUUGAAUCAGACUAUGUCUCCUUUAUGCACAGUGGGAUUGAACAAUAUUCGCGGCCAUUACGUCAUUGCAUUCUCAGCCAGAAACAGCACUCAACAAUUUUCCAAAAUGCUGAAAAGUUAGUCACAUUAUCUGAAUAUCACCUGAAACAACUUCAGUUUAAUGCUCCAUCUUGUAGUUCAACAGAAACGGAUGAUACAUCCCAAUCUGAUGUAGAUUCUCCAUUUAUCCAGAGUGUGGGAUUGAUUUACCAGUCAAAGAUUCAUAUGAUAAGCCAAGCUUAUAAACUUUAUGCCCAGGGCCUUAGUGAUGCUGACAAAACUUUGCAAGACUUACGAAAGAAUCCUGAUUUCAAGAAAUUCCUUCAGGAAUCUGUUUCACAAAAUGUCAAGUCCAGUAUAAGUGCCUUUAUUGUCCGACCAUCGCAGGUAAAAUAUCUAUCACUGUUUAUGCAGCUGCUUUAUUACUUUCAAUAUUGUUCUUUCUUUCUUUCUUUCUUUUUUCAUGAAUAUUUCUUUCUUUCUUUCUUUCUUUCUUUCUUUCUUUCUUUCUUGCUUUCUUUCUUUCAGUCAAUAAUCUUUUCUUUCUUUCUUUCUUUCAGUCAGUAUCUUUCUUCCUUUCUUUUUUUUUCAUCAGUCAAGGUCUUUCUUUCUCGCUCUGUUCCUAUCUAUCUAUCUAUCUAUCUAUCUAUCUAUCUAUCUAUCUAUCUAUCUAUCUAUCUACUCUCUCUUAUUCAUAUUUCCAUCUUAGCAUUAGAAUUUACUAAUUUGUCUCAUCCUUUCUCCCUAUCUUUGUUCAUAUCUAUCUAUCUAUCUAUCUAUCUAUCUAUCUAUCUAUCUAUCUAUCUAUCUAUCUAUCUAUCUAUCUAUCUUUACAAUUUGUAG